AUGCCGAACUGUAACAUAUAUAAGCGAAUAUAUCAGAUGGGACCUCAAUCUGGCAAAAUGAGGAUCAUCUUUUUCAUACUUCUCUGCAUUUCAUUAUUUCAAAUCGUACUGCUUUCUGAUGUCGCUAAAGGUGGCAGUGGAGGAAGUGAUGGAGGCGGCAGUCUCAUCAGUGUUGAAGUACUUAACCAAAACAAAAUGAUGGAGAUGGCGCUAAAGACGGCCUUCAAGGUAGUGAUGGAGCCGAGGGAGGCCCCGUUUUAA